CUCUCCUCUUCUCUUCCCCUCGCCGCUCUUUUCCUUAUUUUCUCUAUCUCCCUCUCCACCUUUCUUCUUUCCCUUACUAUUGGAUGUUGUCCCUUUCUUACCCUCCUCUCCCCCCCAAUCCCUUCUUCUUUACCUUUGAGAGAGGAAACACUUCUUUUCCCUUCUAGUGAAAUUCUAUAACAUCGUCCUUCCAAAACCUUCUCGUUUAUUCUCCUGUUGUCCAUGGUAGAGUGAAGAUCCUCUUUCCCUUGGAAUAUUAUCUCGCAGUCGUUCUCGGUUUUUUUUUCUACGAAAAUAUAGUCUAGUUGGAUGGGAACCUUGUGUCACGAAAGAUUCAUCCUCUUUUUUAUCGCAUUAGCUAACAGAAGUAGUAAUACUUGAGUGCACGCAUAUAUAUACGAAUAUAUAUAUAUAUAUAUACAACUUGACGAAAGACACUUGUAGUGAAAUUACUGUGGUGAUAAGUGCGCGUGCAAAGUAUAAGAGGACGGAAGCAAGGAAGAAAGGAAGAAAGGAAGGAAAGAAGGAAAGAGGGGCGUUGACGGAAGAAAAAAGAAUUAAAGAAUAAAAGGAAGAGGAAAGAUAAAAGUACAUACUCGUCGACCGUCUGUAGACCAACGACGACGACGACCACCAUCUCAAGGCGAUUUAUUAAAAGCUGAACGUGCGUGCGUGAGUGCGUGCUUGUAUGCAUGCGUGCACGAGUUAGACAGAGAGAAAGAGAGAGGAAAAGAAAAGGAAGGAGAAAUCUACUGGUCGUCCUCGUCCCUUAAAAGGAAAAGGAAACAGAAAGAAAAAUACAUAUAUAUAUAUAUAUAUAUAUAUAAAGAAAUAGUAGAAGGAGAACAGCUGGCUAUUCUGAUCCUUUUAUAUCAGAAUUUUUUGUUGUUGUUGUUUAUUUUUAUUAUGACGGAAACGCGUGUUCCAUAAGGAAGAAGAGAGUAUUAUUUUAGCGCGUAUGUGUCCAGUGGAAGAAAGUGAAAAAAAGAAAGUAAUAUUUGUGGUCUUCGGUACUCAGGAUAGUUUUUUUGCUGCUUCAAGAGGACCCGAAUCAUCUUUUGCCAGGAUGGCACUCGCGCGGCUUGCGGUGAACGACUGUGCACCCCAAACCUCGCGAGUCAGCUCGAAUUUGCACAGCAGCAGUAGUAUGGCAGUAAGCCGUGUUCCGAGCCCACCACCGCCGGAAGUGAACACCCCUGUUGCCGAGAAUUGGUGUUACACACAGGUGAAGGUGGUCAAAUUCAGCUACAUGUGGACGAUAAAUAACUUCAGCUUUUGCCGUGAAGAAAUGGGAGAAGUACUCAAGUCGUCCACCUUCUCGGCGGGAGCCAACGACAAAUUGAAAUGGUGCCUAAGAGUAAACCCUAAGGGGCUGGACGAGGAGAGCAAAGACUACCUGUCCCUGUACCUCCUUCUUGUUUCCUGCAAUAAAUCAGAAGUCAGGGCAAAGUUCAAAUUUUCUAUUCUUAAUGCCAAAAGGGAAGAAACCAAAGCAAUGGAGAGUCAACGAGCAUACAGGUUCGUUCAGGGUAAAGAUUGGGGCUUUAAAAAGUUCAUUAGGAGAGAUUUUCUAUUGGACGAGGCCAAUGGGCUUUUACCAGACGAUAAACUCACGAUAUUCUGUGAGGUAUAUACCUUUGUCAGUGUAGUGGCAGACAGCGUUAACAUUUCCGGUCAAAGUAACACGAUACAGUUCAAAGUACCGGACUGUCGACUACCUGACGAUCUUGGUCUUUUAUUUGAGAACCAAAAAUUCAGCGACGUUACGCUGACUGUUUGCGGAAGGGAAUUCCAGGCGCACAAAGCCAUUCUCGCUGCACGAAGUCCUGUAUUUUCGGCGAUGUUCGAACACGAGAUGGAAGAGAGAAAACAAAAUCGUGUUGACAUAACGGACGUUGAACAAGAAGUAUUGCGAGAGAUGUUACGAUUUAUAUACACCGGUAAAGCAUCGAAUCUUGAAAAAAUGGCGGACGAUCUCUUAGCAGCCGCUGAUAAGUAUGCAUUGGAAAGGCUAAAAGUAAUGUGCGAGGAAGCACUCUGUGGGAGUUUAGCAAUUGACAAUGCUGCUGACAUUCUCAUACUCGCUGAUCUUCAUAGUGCUGAUCAACUUAAAGCCCAAGCCAUAGAUUUCAUUAAUACACACGCGACAGACGUGAUGGAUACGUCGGGAUUUAAGUCAAUGGUAAAUUCCCAUCCGCAUCUGAUAGCCGAAGCCUUCCGUGCGUUAGCAACUCAACAAAUUCCACCUAUCGGACCACCAAGGAAACGAGUUAAACAGAGCUGAAAGCAAUCACCCCUUACUCCGGGUACAACAUCGACUUCGCCCCCACCACUUCUACAUCCUUCAUGACUUUUGUGUACAGUGAUGAUAACGAAGUAGUGCGCUAAAUAAAUGUUUCCUAGUGUGCGGCAGCUCUAACUACUCUAAUUGGUCCAACUUUAUGACGCGAUUAUAUAAUGCAACAAAAUCUACACAUACACAUGCAAACACACAUAAAAAAGAAGAAGAAGAAGAAGAAGAGGAAGUAAAAAAGAAACUUCAAACAAUAUCAUCAUACCCCCCACACACAUACAGAA